AUGACCUCAACCUUGUAUAUGGCAUGUCUUCUGGCUUUAUCGACCAGCUUCGUUUUCGGCGCUCGUCCGCAGCAAAGUGUAUCCGUUGUUGGAAGACUGACUUGUGAUGGAAAGCCCGCCAAAGAUGUGGUAAGUUAUUUUACAGAAAAGAGUUGUUAAUAAAACUGAAUUUAGGGGAUCAAAAAUUACUUCCGCUCAAAACCGGUUUACUUUUCUCUAGUCACUGGCUUCUAAAAAAGUUUUCUAACGAAUUCUAACGAUUACAGUCCAAAAGCCAAAUGUUUUACCAGUUUAUCGGGAAAAUAAUGAGCACAAAUUUCGCUGCGCCGAUCCUAGUCGCUGAAGAAAAAAGCAAUUUGAUUCUGUCGCGAGACAAUUCAUUUUCUCGGCGGCGAUGCGAUUUUCGACGCGACAGAAUGUUCAGUAUUUUCCCGACAGACUGGUACAGUGGGGGCCUGAUCCAGUGGCAAAAAACGUACCAUUUUGCAUCCAGGAAGCAUCAAAAAAUGUGGCAAAAUACAUCCCUCUCCAAGUGAAAAAAAAACUCGGAUUUCAAAAGCGCGCCCGCUCUUUUUGUAAGGAAAUAGGGCGCGCCGUUCAAAACGAAGUUUUUCUACUUGGAGAGGGAAGCAUUUUGCCAUAUUUUUGAUACUUCCCGGAUGCAAAAUGGUAAGUUUUCGGCCACUGGAUCAGGUCCCUCACUGUAUAAUAACUCAGGGUAAACAAAAUUUACGCCGCCGAGCCUUCGCCGAGCGUCCGCGGAGCAUCCGAUGGCUUUUUUUUUUUUCACUUGAUCAGGUCACCCACUGUAGUCCGCUCGCCUGAGUCGGUGGAGUGAUUUCUGCGACAUUCAGCGUGCAAAAAUAAAACCUUUCUCGGCUGUUGCUCACACCUGAAGUUUUGCGAAAUCUCGCAUACGUCAUAGAAAUAAUUAUUUCAUUUCUUUCAAGUCCGUCAAAAUCUAAGCGUCUCACUUUGAGCUCUUCCCCUGCUAAAUUCAGACGUCAAAUUCAGCUCGCUGUCGGGAAAACCUGAAAAAUUUUGUCGCGGCAGCGACAAGCAACCUUGAUAAUGCAGCUUUGUGAAUGCCCUGGACCUCAGCGCUCGACCAAAAAAUGUCAUUUCUUUUCAGAAAAUCAAGCUCUACGACAAGGACACCUUCACCUUCGACGACUUGAUGGGCAAAGCCACCACGGACGCCUCCGGCACUUUCCGUGUCGAAGGAACCGCCAACGAGGUCACAAACAUCCAACCUAAAGUCAACAUCUACCAUCGGUGCAAUUACUCGCCGCUGAUUCCGACUUGUUAUCAAAAGUUUGCGAUUCGCGUCCCAACCAACUACAUCACAAAAGGUCCUCGCGCCGCAAAAACCUUCGACUUGGGAACCCUGAAUUUGGCGGGGAAAAUGUCCGGACAGAGUACGGAUUGUAUCAAUUGA